AUGCCCGAAUUGAUCACUGGUCCCAACGCCAGGACUCCCAUUGUUGCGACGAUGCUGGAGGGCAUCACGUACGGCAUUGCAACAUGUGUGUUCGCCAUGACCGUAUGGGUUCUAUACUUGCGUCGCGACCGGGGUGUCAGCCGCUGGAUGCUGGGGGUCGCACUUGUUUUGUGGAUCUUGCCGACCAUUCGCGUGAUUAUCGACACCGUGGAUACGGUGAAUGCCUUUGUACACCACAUGGAUGAGGGUCCAUCUGGCCCUUCGGCUUACCUGGCUUCCUUCUGGCGGCCGCUUUCGCUGCUUGACAAUGCCCUGUACGCCAUAUCAACACUGAUCGGGGACGCUGUCGUGAUCUACCGCUGUUAUGUGGUAUGGCAGUCUUGGCUUGUCAUCGUCAUACCAGGCCUUGCAUGGCUCGGCUCACUAGGCAGCACAAUCUACAUUCUGCACUCAUUUCAUGAACACAUCAUUUCCAGCAACCAGAUUGUCAUGUUGUACUCGUUUACGCUGGCUGCGAAUCUUUCGGCGACAGCCGCUCUGGCAUAUCGGAUAUGGUCAGUAGACCGCCAGACCAUUAGGCCACGGGGAGCAAGGACGAAUCUGCGGCCCAUUCUCCUUGUUGUCAUGGAGUCCGCCGCAAUGUACACAUCGCUGCUCAUCGCAGCGCUAGUCACUGUAGAACAUGCGUUGCAGGCCGAAUAUUGCCUGAACACCAGCAUGCCCUCACUCAUUUCAGUCAUCUUUGGCAUCGUCUUUAUCCGGAUGGGACUGGCGCAGCUACCUAAAGAAGGUCGAGCUGCUGCCGGUCACAUCCCUCUCAGCACCAUUGUUUUCGAUAGCGCGCCCACUCAGACUGUAAAUCAGUCGGAGACAAAGUACAGCAGGAGCGAAAUGUCCUCAGGCAUGACGUUCAAGGAGAGCAGUGCGGUCGAGUCUGUAGUAUGA